GCAUUACUGCCUCACACACAGGAUAGAAAAAAUGACAUUGCCUCAUGGAGGCAGCCUCUCCAAAAGCCGGUGAUGACCUAGUUCCAGCUGAGCUCUCUAUCGCUCCCGUAAGUCAUCAGAAGCGGCUGUAGUAGGCUAGGUAGCAGCAUCACUACCACCUCAGGCACCACACACCGCUCCGCUCCUCUCCUACUCACAAGCACACUGGAGAGAGGGAACUAAAGAGAGGGCAGUAAUAAAGGGAGACAGAGAGACAAGAGAGCGUGUGAUUGAGACAAAAAGAGAGAGAAGCGAGUGUGUGCAGGGGAAAAGGCAGUCAGUGGAGACAGAGGGUCAGUGUGAGAACGACAGAGGGGGAGAGGGCGUGUGUGAGGGAAGCCUUGGGAAGAAGAAGAGAGUACCAUAGUAAGGGACGGAGAGGGAGAAAAGGGGCUGAACGAACGGCAUAAUGGCAGAUCAGGAGCUGAAAUCACGGAGCAGCCGGGAGAGCUUAAAAAAGGAUACCGAUGGCCAGGAGAAGAUGGAGGCAGCUGAGAUGGUUCCAGAUGACCCCAGCAAGCCUCCAUCCAACCCUGCAUCCACUUUAUCCCUCACCCCUCCUGCUGCCAAUGCCACAGAAACCAUCACUCCUAAUGCUGCCAAUGCCACAGAAACCAUCACCCCUAAUGCUGCCAAUGCCACAGAAACCAUCACCCCUAAUGCUGCCAAUGCCACAGAAACCAUCACUCCUAAUGCUGCCAAUGCCACAGAAACCAUCACCCCUAAUGCUGCCAAUGCCACAGAAACCAUCACCCCUAAUGCUGCCAAUGCCACAGAAACCAUCACCCCUAAUGCUGCCAAUGCCACAGAAACCAUCACCCCUAAUGCUGCCAAUGCCACAGAAACCAUCACCCCUAAUGCUGCCGAUGCAGCGGCAACCCCCACCCCUACGGCCGACGACACCGCGGCAACCCUCACCCCUACUGCCGCCGACACCGCGGCAACCCUCACCCCCACCCCCGAGGCCCCCACCCCAGCCAAGGCAGCGGGCAGUAAGAUUGAGCUCAAGCGCAGCAUCACAUUGUUCAACGGCGUGGGCAUGAUCAUCGGCACCAUCAUCGGCUCCGGCAUCUUCAUCACACCCACCGGGGUGGUCAAGGAAGCGGGCUCUGCCGGCCUGUCGCUGGUGGUGUGGGCCGUGUGCGGCGUGGUGUCCACCAUGGGCGCGCUGUGCUACGCCGAGCUGGGAACCACCAUCACCAAGUCGGGCGGAGACUAUACCUACAUCCUGGAGGUGUAUGGAGAGCUGGCAGCCUUCCUCAAGCUCUGGGUGGAAAUGCUCAUUAUCAGGCCGUCCUCCCAGUAUGUGGUGUCGCUGGUGUUUGCCACCUACCUGCUCAAGCCCCUCUACCCGAACUGCAGUGUACCUGACAGUGCUGCAAAGCUCAUCGCUUGCCUCUGCCUCACGUUGUUGACCUUUGUGAACUGCAUCAGUGUACGGGCCGCCACGAAGGUCCAGGACUUGUUCACGGCAUCCAAACUCCUGGCACUGAUCAUCAUUAUUGUCUUCGGCUUUAUUCAGAUUGGAACAGGUGAUGUGCCAUACCUCACUCCCGAACUGGCAUUUGAAGGAAGCAAAUGGGGAGUGGACAAUAUUGUGUUGGCUCUGUACAGUGGACUCUUUGCUUUUGGUGGCUGGAAUUACCUAAAUUAUGUGACAGAGGAAAUGAUCAAUCCUGAGAGAAAUCUGCCCCUGUCCAUCAUUAUCUCCAUGCCCAUUGUGACGGUGGUGUAUGUACUGACCAACUUGGCCUACUUUACCACUAUCCCACCAAGUGUGAUGGUUGAGUCUGAAGCCGUAGCUGUGAUCUUUGGGGAGUACCAUCUUGGUGUGAUGUCCUGGCUCAUCCCUGUCUUUGUGGGCCUUUCCUGUUUUGGAGCUGUCAACGGAAGCCUGUUCACCUCUGCACGUCUGUUUUAUGCUGGUGCCCGUGAAGGUCAGCUCCCCGCUGCACUGGGAUUGGUCCACACAGAUCUCUUCACCCCUGUACCUUCCCUUAUUUUCACAUGUUUCCUGUCCAUGCUGUAUGCCCUGUCCAAGGACAUCUUCUCAGUCAUCAACCUGUUCAGCUUCUUCACCUGGCUGUGUGUGGGCAUGGCCAUCAUGGGCAUGCUGUGGCUACGCUGGACCAAGCCAGAGCUCCAUAGACCCAUCAAGAUUUGGUUGGUGGUGCCCGUGGUGUUUGUACUGGGAUGUGUCUUCAUGAUCGUGGUAUCCUUCUGGGCUGCUCCCUUUGAGUGCCUGAUAGGCAGUGGGAUAAUCCUCACUGGGAUCCCAGCCUAUCUCCUGGGAUACAAAUGGAAGAAGCCCCAUAUUGUAAAGAAGAUUCUAGAGAUAUUUACUCUCUUCUGCCAGAAAAUAUUUAUGUCUGUUCCCGAAGAGCGUGAAGAGAAGGCAACAACUGAAGUUGCUGAAGAAAGUGAAACAACAAAGGACAACUGAGUUCUUUUUUUAGUUCUUUACGUUUACAUUAAUUGUUUUUCUAGUGUUCUGUAACUUGUGCAGAGUUUUUCAGUAUGCAUAUUGUUAUGCUCCACACUCUCAUGCUGAAAGUUAAUUAUCUGAAAACAUUUGUUUGAGUAGAUUUUUGAUAUGAAAGUACAACAUUAUGCUUCAUAUGCCCAUUUACUGAAGCUGGGUACUUCUGGGAAUGACAAAGCACAGGAGCUGAAUGGUAUCCAGCUAGUUAAAAAAAAUAUACAUUUUGUCAUGAUGGACAGUGUUAUUUAUGUAUUGUUUGUAAUUUUAGCUUUCCUAGCUACUUAGCUUUCAAUUGUGUGACAAUGGGUAUUCAAGGUUGUACUUUAUAAAACGUAUAACCAAAUGUUUUUGUUAACGUAUCAAAAUAAAUGGUAGUCAGGCAACACAGAUAUAAAUGGGCAACUUUUGUAGAUAACUUUGCCUUAAUUCAGCACAAAACCAGCCACUAUUAUUUUCAAGAAAUAUUGCGUAAUAUUUAUAGGGGUUGUGUCAAAUGAUGUCAACAAUGCUGGGAAUAUUUCUGUUGAAGCUUGCAUUAAUGUGUGGCUUGAAAUCUGUACGAACAAAGUACAAGUCUGGGAACUGCACUACGUACUCCGUUUUGCAGACUUUGUUAUGGGCUUAUACUCAUGACCACUACAUUAUCCAAUUUUGUGCUCUUAGCCUGUUAGUAUGCAUAAUGAGAAACACAAUUUGUAAAUGAAGGAUUCAUUCAGUCAGUGGAUAUAUAUUUAAUUUUACUGUAUUGUCCCUUUGUACUCUCCAUUAAUUCAAUUUAAUCUUUUCCCCUUUCUAGUCCUGUAGUAUGCUAUAAGCCACCUCACCAUUUAUAUAUAUAUGUAUAUAUAUUCACCUAUUUUGCUCUUCACUAUUCAAAUGACCUUAAUGAAUCACAAAUAGUAAUUUGCAAACAGGUAUAUAUAUUUUUUCAAGUUAAAUUUCAUCAAGUUUUGAUAUGUUCUUCAAACAAUCUUUCAUAUCUGUUUGGUCAUUAACCAACCUCCUAAUAUAGCUAUAGAUAAUUAAGUAGCACUUUGUAAUAACUACACACAAUUAAGUAUCUAAAAUGGAUUAGUGAAAAGUUAAUUCUGUUAUUAUUUUAGUAGGCAUUGUUCGUACAUUAAUAAUUGUAGUUCAUAAGUAAAAGGUUAAUGAGUGUAUUGAUAAGUAUUAUCGUUCUCACUUACUAAUACUGCUAUUGAUGAUUAAAUGUGAUACUUACAAAGCAUUUACUAAUUGUUAGUUUUCACAGCCUCCUAUUAAAUGUGGACUAUCCUUUGUAAAACUGUUAUUACCAAAUGCCAUAAGUAGCCAUUACAGCAUUACCUAAUUUUCCACCAAGGGCUCAAAAUAACAUGAAACUUCUCACUGAAAAAGUUAGAUGGUUCCUAGAAAAAAAAUUAAAAUAAUUAUAAUUAUAUAUAUAUAUAACAUAAUACAUACAGUUGU